GUCUCGCACGGAGAAGUCCCUAUUAUUACGCCGCUGUUCCCCCCGGCCCUUCUCGCUGCCCUUUUCUUCUCCCUCUCUUCCUCUUUCUCUCCUGCAUCCUUCCCUACUUUCCCUCAGGGUUCGCACUUCUCUCAUUCAAUUGCGGAGCAUCUUCCUGCUCAAGUCAUUCAUUCAACUCUGCAACAAGACAUUCAUUGCUUGAUUUUAUUCUCGCGUUCCCGAGGGUCGUUUCCUGUUGAUCUUUCUUCAAUACACCGCGUGAUACCCCCGCCUUUGACGUUUCUAUCUGAUACAAAUAUCCCAUCCUUCUCCAUCCACAAUGCAGCUCAAGGAUUCGAUUCUCCUCCUCUCGGCUCUGUCCGCCGGCACUGCCGCUGCCCGUCUGCACGGCCACGAGCGUCGCCAUGCUCACCCCGUCGAGAAGCGCGAUGUCGGUGACAUCGUCAAGAUCGAGAUGGACGGCAAGAUGGUCUCCUGGACCAACGAGUGGUCCGGUGCUGCCGCUACCCCCGCCGCCGAGUCUGCUCCCACCCCGGCCUUCCAGGCCGAGGGCGGUGCCACCCAGGUCGUGACCGUCGCUGCCGUCCCCACCGCCAGCCAGUCUUCUUCUCCUAGCCAGUCGUCCUCUCCCUCUUCUGCUCCCGCCGACGGCAGCUGCCAGAACUGGUACGACAACCCCUCCGGCGAGUUCUCGCGCGACGGCUUCGGCUCCAGCACCAUCGACAACGACCAGGACUACGUCUUCUACAAGGGCAACGUCGGCAGCCCCUGGGGCAGCAACAUCAAGGAGGUGUCCGAGUCCAACGCUUGCAACUACCGCUACGUGAUUGCCGUUCACGGUAGCGAGAAGGACCCCUGGACCAUCGUCUUCUGGAACAAGAUCGGUCCCGACGGUGGCAUCAACGGAUGGUACAGCGGCAACUCCGCCAUCACCCUGACCGUUGACGCCGGCGAGACCAAGUACGUUGCCUUCGACAGCGACUCCCAGGGUAGCUGGGGUGCCGCCAAGGGUACCAAGCUCCCCACCGACAACAUGGGCGGAUACUCCUGCACCUGGGGUGAAUUCGACUUCGGCAACAGCAAGAACAGCCGUGAUCUUCCCGACGGCCACACCUGGUCCGGCUGGGACGUUUCCGCCAUCCAGGCCCAGAACGCCAACCAGGAUGUCCAGGGUAUGAAGAUCUGCCAGCACUCCGACCGCGGCUGCUCCAGCAUCAGCAACCUGGCCAAGAACGUGGUCAACGCCUACACCGCUGCCGAGGAGGGUGUUGACGGCAUUGGUGGUAACUACAAGGGCAACGACGGUGUUCGUCUGCACGUCACCAUUGACUUUGACGAGUAAACGUUUUCCCAAACGUCUUUUCAUUUCUUUUGAUACUUUUUUUUUUCUUUAUACCUAUUUCCAGUUUUUUCUUUAUUACAUUUUGAAAUAAAUAUUUCUUUUGAGUCUUAUAUUGUAUUUGAUUUUAUCGCUUUCAUUUUCUCAUUUCUUUGACUCUUGAAACAUAAAAAUUGGUCAAGAGAUUGGAAGGGAGUUGGCGUAACGAGCUCUAAAACAAAGGAUGCUUUGAUCUGAUUCUGGAGAACAUAAACAUGCAUCUACAUUUGCACAUACAGAGUACAUGCCAAACUACCUGCAAAUGCUGUCAUCUCAUUUAUCACCCUCGCAGGUGCAAUGCCAGACCAGACCAGGGUUUUGUUACAGCGGCAACCAUCUAGUCCAAUCCACAGGAUUUACGGAUAUGUACAUAAUAUUAGUCUCAACGAGUGUUUU